GAGGACUAAACUGGUGUCGUGUUGCUCUUGUGGUUUGAUUUUUCCUGUAAACACGCCUCUUUCCUUGCCUCUUUCACUUCCUCCCUAUCCUUUUUUUAAUUAUUUCCCAGCUUGCACACAGAGUGCUGUCAGGAGAAGAGAGGGAGGUUUCGCGUGUGUGUAUGUGACAGUGAGAGAGAUCUUGUAGCCGCGGGCAGAGGAAGGUCUGACAGUUUACAGGCCCCUGAGCACGCAAGAGGAGGGCUGAAAGCUGGACUGCCACUCUUUGUUUUUUCUGUUUGCUUUCUUUUCUGUUCCUGGUUGGCAUUUAUGUUUGGCUGCUUGCACCUGUUUUUCUUACUUGGGAGUCUAGAAUUGUUUUUGUGUCAAAAAAGGAAGCCACACUGUACUUUAUACUUGUGGAUUUUUCUGUGUCAGAAUUGGUUGUACAUUUUCCUUUUUUUCUGCUUUUAACAGUCUAAGGAAAACGCAGUUUACCUUUGCAUGAACCGUCUCUUUUGGAUACUGAAUUCUCCUGCAAGAUCUUUUUGACUUUUGGCUGGCAGCAUUAUGAUCCAAGUGGUGGGAGGGUUCAAAUCUGCCUGCCUUGAAAUCUGCCAGUGUAACAUCCUACAUAUAUCGAAGGAGCUAAAUUUUAAAAACUGGACAUUUUUUAACCCAUAACUCUGCAUUGAAGGAACCUUGACAGGUCUCCAUUUGAAGAAGAUAAAAGCAGAUUGCGGAUAAUGCAUGGCUGCAUAUGCUUCGACAUAGAUGGGCAAAGGAUGUAGACGAGGGUGCAUAGCUAAUUUGCUGGGGUGUGGGGCUGGGAUUGCUUGGCAGGUAUAGUGUGUUUGGCCAGUUGUUUAUGCCAGAAAAGCUAAAAGGCAAAUGCAUUUUUUAUUUUCUUAAGCAUUUAAUACAGUGUUCUUCGUCAACACAAAAAAAUCCACAUUUUUAAAAUUUCCUAGAGCUUUCUAGCACAAAGAACUGGUAGUUUAAAUAUUAAAUGAUUGUAAGAGGUAGCCUUGAGGCUAGAAGUUUUUAUGUUGACCUCAGCAGUGACUCUGCAUAUAUUUUUAGAGGCAUUGCACUGGAGGUGAGAUGAUCAUCUUUGAGAUGGACUGACCGGUGUGGCAGCUGCUUACCAUACAAGCAAUUUGAUGUUGUGUAUAAUGUAAAGCUAAACCAAAGGGAGAGGAAGAAGGAACACAUUUGCUUUGUUGUUCUUAUUUUACCACAGAUGCCAACGUCUAACGGUUUUUGUAGAAUUAAAUAAAGUAUAUGGUGCCUAAACUGGGGCAAGGUUUAAUGAGGAGACAAAGGUCAAAGCAACAUUUUGUUGUAUGGAUCCAUUUUGAAAGAGGGGAGUAUUUUACAUUGUUUUCCAGACAGGAUUAUUUACAAUGCCAUAGUCCAUCAACCCUUCCAAGCUGCUCAGGACAGUAUUGUAUCUGUUAGCAUUGUAACCAGAUGGUAUUUUUUUAAAAGCAGACUUUGUCCCUUUUACAAAGAUGGCAAUAUGUUUAAAGUUUUGAUGCCACUGACACACAUUAUUGUGGAGAACCUAUGCCAUAAAGCUUUUGUUUGUUUGUGCUGUAGAAUUUGUACUGGAUUUAAAUUGUUGGAAGUUCAUGCUAAAUUGUGUACAUGAGACACAAAGUAGUGGCCAACAGGUCUUUAUCGCCCUAUUCUAGAUUUUGCCUCAUUAUUCUUCAUGUGUUAAUUUCUGUUUUGUUAGCUGUAUAGUCAGAUUCUAUAGUGAAGACUGUAUCACAGUGUGCCUUGGGUAUGUGUGAAAACAUCUCUGAUCAAUAAGCAGUGCUUUAAUAUGUCACAAAGACUGUGUUCCACUUCACUUUGGAGAUAUUCAGGAGACCAACAGAAUGACAAAGAUUUUUUUGCCUGUGACUUUCACUGUUUGUAUGUACCAACCAACAGAGGGAAUUUCUUUACUUGAAAAAACAAUCUAAGGAAGCUACAAUGGAUAUGCUUCCAAAGACCAAGUACAACCAUUUGCGCAAUGCAUCUGUCAGCUCCAUGGAGGACUCCUUACUCCUGCCACCUUCUACCAGUGUUUCUGGAGAUGAGCUGCUUUCCCCCUCUCCUUUACUCCCCCCUCAGUCCUCAUCCUCCCAGUCCCCAUCCCCAACUCUAUCUCCAUCCCCGUCUGGUCUCCCAGCCUCUGUUUCCUCCAGUUCCCUCACCCCAAUGCUUCCUCCCCAAUCACCAAAUUUGGAUGAUAGUCCCACCACACUUUGCUCAUUUUUUCCUCGAAUGGGUGCACUUAGGCUUUCAGGUCCUGGUGGCUUACUGCCUGGGCUGAGAGUCUCCAGGACUACAGGGCCUUCAGGAGAUGCUACGUCAGAUUUGGAAACUGCAACAGUGUCUCUAACCAACUCGCCCCCACCUCCUCUUCCUCCACAGGAUAUGAACCGACUCGGGGCAGGAGUUCGGCGUACAAGAGUAGAAGGAGGGCAGCUUGGUGGAGAUGAAUGGACCAGGCAUGGAAGUUUUGUUAACAAACCCACUCGGGGGUGGCUUCACCCAGACAGCAUUGUGACCGGACCUGGCGUGUCCUAUCCUGUCAGGUAUAUGGGCUGUGUAGAAGUGCUUCAGUCUAUGAGAGCAUUGGACUUUAACACCCGCACACAAGUCACCAGAGAGGCAAUAGCAGUUGUCUGUGAAGCAGUGCCUGGUGCCAAAGGAGCUAUGAGAAGAAGAAAGCCUACAAGCCGAUCUCUGACGUCCAUCCUAGGGAAGAGCAACCUACAAUUUGCUGGCAUGGCAAUAAACUUGACAAUCUCAACCAGUAGUCUGAACCUAAUGGCCACUGAAUGCAAACAGAUCAUAGCCAACCACCACAUGCAGUCCAUUUCUUUCGCCUCUGGAGGUGACCCAGACACGGCUGAAUAUGUUGCUUAUGUUGCCAAAGAUCCAGUCAAUCAAAGAGCAUGUCAUAUCUUGGAGUGCUCAGAGGGUCGUGCGCAAGAUGUCAUCAGCACAAUUGGGCAAGCCUUUGAGCUACGCUUCAAGCAGUACCUAAAGAACCCCCCCAAACUGGUGACUCCACAUGAUAGGAUGGCUCCUUUUGAUGGAUCAGCUUGGGAUGAGGAGGAUGAGGAUCCAGCGUCUGACAUACAGUACUACAAUGAUUAUCCUGGAAAGGAACCCCCACUUGGAGGUCUUGUGGAUCUCCGAGUACGAGAUGCUGGUUCUGGAGCUCGAAGUGGUGUGUCAAGUGCUACCACCACUGGUGCUACCCUGCCACUUGGAAAUCCUUCUGGAAAUUUGGACAACCAGAGACAAGUUCCCUUAUUGCCAGGUCAAGCCAGAGAGAGGGAUCUCGCUCCCCCGCUACCUGGUGUCAAGCCCUACAGCCGCACAGACCUCUUUGAUGACCCUUCGUAUGUCAAUGUGGAUAAGUCCCGCGCUCACAAUUCCACAGCCAAUGGCAAUGCACAUCGGGACGUCUUUGACAUGAAGCCUUUUGAGGAUGCCUUACGAAUUAAUGCACCUGCUUCAGGUUGUCCCCCCUCCUGCCCUGUGGCUCCCCCUAUGGAGGAACAAUUGCGCCGUGAGAUUUGGUUUCAUGGGAAAAUGAGUCGUAAAGAUGCAGAAAAACUCCUUAAAGCAAAUGGAGACUUUUUGGUGCGGGAGAGUACUACCACCCCAGGACAAUAUGUUCUGACAGGACUACAAGUGGGUCAACCUAAGCAUUUGCUACUUGUGGACCCAGAGGGAGUGGUACGAACUAAAGACCAUCGUUUUGAGAGUGUCAGUCACCUUGUUAGCUACCAUAUGGACAAUCACUUGCCCAUCAUUUCAGCUGGCAGUGAAGUGUGCCUUCAGCAGCCUGUGGAGAGAAGAUCUUGAAGGCAAGCACUCCACAAGCCUUUUUACUCGCCUUCCAUUGCAAACUACAGUGAGAAUUUGCAGUCCCCUCUGGAUGCUUCACUUGAAUACUAAAAGACAAAAUCUAGGUGGGACAAAUCACUGUGAAAAGCCAGAGAGAGAAAAACUGAGAUUCAUCAAUCAAUCUCCAAUCCUGUUGUUUGCUCCAAUAUGACAUUGUAAAGGAUGCAUUUCUUUGUGUAGGUGACUGAAUAUUAUUGCUUCUACUGCCGAUUGUCAGUGGGUAGUGAUUUUCAAAUUCUUAACCCUAAAAAGCAAGUGCUUGAACACACAUUAGAGCACAAAGUUACGGCCAGAAAUACAAAUUUGCGCACAGUGCACACUAAAGCAAGAGGUUGAACCUUCUUGUAUGUAUCGUUUCAUUUAAUGCUUGCUUUUACCACAUCAUUGUUCGUAGCACUGUGCUAGAGACAGGAACUUCAACUCUAGUAAACCAAAGAUCUGUGCCUCGCUUGAAUCUGAAGAGAUGUAGCUUAUGUGAUGAAGCAUGGGUAAAAGACAAAUAUGUACAGUAUAUACAGCAUAUAACAUCAGCCAAAGUCUUCAGAUGCAUAGGCACUGUCUGCUUUUAAAGGUUGUUAAUGUAAAGGAAAAAAUAAAACAAUACUGGAAGAAACAGUGAGCCAGUUUUAAGGAACUACAUGGGCCCCACAUACUGAAAUUAACAGUGUAUGGAAAAUGACAAUGAACAGUUGCUGGCACAAAGUGAAUUGGUAUAAUGAAUCAGCUCAUGUGUCAUUUAUUAGGAGUUUGUUUAUUUUUCUUAGAUGUGUGAAACCAAAAAUUCCAGUAUCUACAUUUUAAACCUUUCACUGUGCCCUUUUCUGGUACAGUAGAUACAUUUAUUUAUCCAUGAAUAAUAAUUUAAGCUGCUGUGAAAGUUUACCAAACAAGAGGUACAUUUUUAAUUAAUACUUUCACUCAGAGAGGGAGGGUUGGUGUCAUAAGAGAGCUCACUGGCAUCAGCCUUGCUGAACAUGACUGCACACUCUUAAGAGGAACAGUUAGUUUUGAUCAGUGUGGAAUCUUCCAUUGUAAAAAGUGGGCCUUCCUCAUAGGAAAAGCACAACAAGUCUGACUGAGUUGGUAGUGUUGUAUUUGUCUUUAUCAAACCUAAAGUGAGUCUCAUGAAGUUGAUAAUAUUUUGUACUUUGGUUGAGCUAAGAGCAGCAGUUUUGAACUGAUUAGCAUUGACAUAAAUGUCAAGACAUCAGUCAAUAAAUGCAGAAAGGAGAGGUCUGAAACAUACUUAAUGCUCCAUGAAGGGGAGAUUUUAAAGGUCAUCACUUGCACUCUGAUUAGCCCUCAAUCAUGUGACUUUCUAUUUCAGCCCCAAGUACAAUUACACCAUCUUGACAAAAAUAAAAUUUAACUGAAUAUUUUAUAAUCUAUUAAGAGGUCAAAGGCUGUUGCUUCACAUGAAGACUGCAUUAGCCUUAACCCAAGUGCCCAAGUUGGUUUUUGACAGGAUACAUUAAAAGGUAACAAUCAGACAGAGGUGGCUUACAUUUGCAAUGAAGCUACACAAAACAGAGUUGGAAAGAGGAAGCUUUACACUGUUGAUUGCUGUUGGCAUUCUAUGCAGGCUCCAGGUGUUCAGCUCUACUACAGACUGAAAAACAAAAGCUAUUUUAAACCUGCUGAUGGAUGGGUCUCUAGCAAAUGCACACGCUUCUAUAUCUGCAGUAAAUUCAGAAAUAUGCUCUUGGGUGACAAAGGCUCUUUUCUGUUGUUCAUUGCUGCUGUGCAUUUUGUGCAUCUUAUAUAAUUUGGUACAGGAUUUUACGUAAUUGCAGGUGGAGGAGGUCCUUGUUUCCAAAUUUCAAUAUUUUAUGUUAAUGUAUAUAUAGAUACAUAUACUUUGUUUUCAUACACUAUGUUAUGACAUUCAUUUUCACUGUUUAAAGAGUAAGUUUUAACUGGGCAAAUAGUCAGCAUUAUGUUGAAACUCAGAAAAGAGUGCCGUCUCUUCUGCUAGCUACAGUACAUUCUUAAGAUUUGCCCACUUUGCAGCUUUUCAAAACUAGAUUUUUUUCCGUCAUUUGAUUUGUAUCAGAAUCAAGUAGAGUCUGCUAGUUUUUGACAAAUAUCUGCAGCUUUUUCCUUAGCAGGCACACUAAUUCUCCACAGUGGUCUGUAUUCUGAAGCACAAACUCCAUUUUUCUCCUCCUUUGCACAUAAUGUGCUUGCAAUCUCUAGUCAAGGUAAAAAAUAUAUAUGAAAUGUGCCUUGGCCCCAACGGUGGCCUAAUCUAAUUUAUGCAAAGGUUUUUACUUUGGCAGGGAACCAAAGUCAGGUUAAAGGGGGAGCCAAGAUCCUGAGCAUGUGGUAGCCAUUACUGUCUGUGUUAGUGUGAAUUGUCCACUUUUAGUACAAGUUUACUUAGUCCCAAAGUCUAUGAAAGCUGAUAGACAAAAUCAUAUUUAGUUGGGUGCAGUGUUUAAAAUCAAGUCAUUUGCCUUACAUUUGGUUAUUUUUUUGAGUAAUGUAUAGGCUAGUGAAUGUUUACACUAAGUGAAAACUUUUAAAAACUUCAGUUGUCUCUUUUUAGUGUUAUGUCAAAAUAACACCAUAGUACAACUGUUCUAAUAAAUUUCUUGUGUGUAGUAGUCAAGAUGGUGUAACUGUUUCACUGACUCAUUAGCAUUUUCUGCCAAUAUAAUUCUCAGUAAUAUGUGCAUUUAUAACUUUUAAUGAACCUAUACACCUACUAAUUCUUUUGUUUUUUUUUUAAGUAGAAGAGCAUAAGAAAUUUGACAAACGAGGAGACCGUUCAGGCCAUCAGGCUUGUUUGUUUGACUGGUAGCUAAACAGUCCCAAUAUCUCAUGCAGACACUUCAUAAAAGUUCUCAAGGUUUCUAUUUCAACUGCAUGGCUCAGUAGUUUGUUUCAGAUUCUCACAACUCUUUGCCUAAAGAAGUGCUUCCUUAAUUUAGUCCUAAGUGCACCUCCCUUAAUUUCUGCUGGUGUCCUUGAGUACAUAAUUCACUGUUUAGCUGAAAUAAUUCUGUUAAAUCUAUUUUAUCAGUGCCUUUGAGACUUUUGCAGACUUGCAUUAAGCCCCCAUGUAGUCUAUUCUGCUCAAGAUUAAGACCGAUGUAACUCUGAGUCUGUCAAAGUAGGACAUGUCCUUAAGUCCAAGGAUGCACCUGUUUGCUCUCCUCUGCACAGCUCCAAGUGCUACUAUGUUCUUUUGGAAGUGCGGUGACCAGAACUGCACACAAUAUUCCUGAUGCGGUCUUACAAUUGCAUUAUACAGUCUUAGUAUAACAUCCUUUGAUUUAUUUCCAACAUGUUUAAUGAUUUAACCUAACAUUUUAUUUGCCUUUUUAAUCACUUCUGCACACUGCUUAGGUCAUGAAAAUGUUGCUUCUACAUAAACCCCUAAAUUGUUUCUAGAAAGUGCUUCCUGUAGGACAGUGCCUCCCAUCUUGCAUUUAUAAUUGAUUUUCCCUUUUCCCAUGUGUAGCACUUUGCACUUUUCUGUAUUGACACUGCUUCUCUUUUUUAAAUGAAAAAUUUGUAAUUCUUGGUAAAAUAGUAUUGCAUUAGAUUUAUUUGUAAUACCAUUGGGGAAAGAUAAAAAAAAAGGUUUCCAGUAAAAUGCAAAGAUGUAUUAAAGUAGCCAGACCUGAAGAAGGCAAUGAUACAAGAAACACCAAUGCAGACAGUAAAGGCUAGAAAUGCACUUGUAAAGUUGAUGAGCAAACGUUGAACUUUUUGUUUGUUCCUUGCUCAGUUUGGAACUCUUUGUGACAGUGUGUGCAGAAAAAUUCAAAUUGGUGGGCCAGGCCUCCUCCAUGUGAUGUAUGUGAUGCAAACUCAUCCUUGAUGUGAGUGGGGAAAAAAAUGCAAAGUCACAAUUUGAAAAGGUAACUUUUGCAAAAUUGCUUGCAAUGUCACACAAGGGACAAAAUGCAUUAGAAUACCUGGAAGAAAUGAUUUAGGGUGGUACGUUUGCUAUGGGCUCCUUGUCAGAUAUGAGACUUUCUCUGCUUUGCUAAGCAGCACAAAGCACAUACCAUUUUCAUCCCCCUCUUUUGUUUUGAAGUUCCUUGACGCUGUGCAUCACAACACUGCCUGAGCAACUAAUAUGUAGCACAUUACUUUUGGAAACUGAAGCACAGUUUGACCCAAUUCAAUGUCAGGAAAGGGAAAUGGUUAUUCUGUAGCACAAGCAUUGUAUGGUAACCUAGCAUUUUGGUUAAAAUUGGUGGGCUUCUGCAGUAAUCACAGUAACUUUCUGGGUCAAGAGGAGAAUGUUUGCUUUUCAGAGGUGUGAUGCAAGUACUGUAGGUGGGAGAGAAAGACAUUGCAUUAUGUGAAACCCUUGGCUGCUUUUUGACAUUGGUUCCCCCUUUUGUGUUGCUUUUAUCUUCUAUGUGUCCAUAUGUUCACAUUUUUUGUACCUGUAUCUAUUUUUCAAAUAUGGCUCUUGGAACUGACCAGUUGCCAAGAGAGAAUAUCGAAAGAAUGGCAGUGCCCCUGUGGACUUGGCAGGAUCUGUGUUCCUAUUUAAAAGCAAGUCUUGAAAUGUCUCUUGGGUAUAAUGAUGGACAACAAAUAGAUUAGAUUUGGGGCGUUAUUAGUGCAGCUUUAGUACAUAUUCAUGUGUGGUUAUGUGUUAGGGGCCCAUUGACUCCUAAAGAACAGCUAGACUGUCAUUAAGAAUCAUUCUCCAUCCCUACAGGCUGUGACUAUGUUAAAUAAAAAAAAAUCUCAUCAGUUAAAUCAGUUAUAAAGAAAAUUAAUAUGAGAGUUACUGGCCAUUUUGUCUAAAAUAAUUUAAAUACAUUAAAAUAGUGUAACAAGUUAGUGUGAAUGUGAUGUUUUAAAAACCCGUGGAAGCUCAUGUACUCAGAGGGAUCACCUCACCUUUUUGGUUUAGAUCAUGCUGGGUUAUCCAAAGUAGAUCUUAGGCCCAAGUCCACACAGCAAAUGAGUCAAUAGCUCGUAAGCCCUUGUGUGCUCUGCAGCACCAACCGAGUUACAUAAGGAAAACUAAAGGAUUGAGGGGCAAGUAGGUACUGAAGUGGCAAUCUGGGUUUCUACUUUUGGCCCAAGAGCCCGCCCUUGUGAUAACCGCUGUUUUUUUCAAUUGUGCAGCUGUCUUGCAUGUCCAUGGAUUGUACUCUGACGCCAAAGCCGAGUUCUGAAAUGGGAAUCACUGCAUAUCCUGCUCUUGAUUUACAAUUCAAGAACUGAAAAAAAAUGUUUAUCAUAAUAGGUGGAAGUGCUUAUAAUGUAUUAUCUAUAUUUUUUAAUAUUUUUAUUUGUUCUGUUGUUGAGUUUUGAUGUUUCUUACUGUAUGUGUUAUUCUGUAUUAAAGAUGUCCUGCUGCCCACAUGCAGCAGCAAAAUGAAGAAGAAA